AUGCCUGUUCUUAUUUACAAGCAAUCUGGAUUGGGAAUGCCUAGACCUACUUCUAUGCGAUUACAAAUGGCAGACAGAUCCAUCAAGAAGCUAGUUGUGGCUGUAGAUGUUGUGUUGGUACAAGUGGGUAAGUUCAUGUUGCUUGCUGAUUUCGUUAAUCUAAAUUGUGCGCUUGAUAAAGAUAUUCCCAUCAUAUUAGGAAGACCCUUCCUUGCUACGGGCAGAACGCUUAUGGACUCUGAAAAGAACGAAAUCAAGUUCUGUGUGAAUGAUGAAGAGGUGACUUUCCAAGCAAGUAAGGGGAUGAAGUUGCCAAUUGCUUAUGAGAAUAUCGCGUUUAUUGAUUCGUUUGAUGGGAUUGAUGAUGCUAUCGAACAUAAAUGGAAGAAGAAAGUUUGGGAGAAGCUCUUGCUACUGUGUUGGUGA